CCCACCACCAAACAUGCACCUCCCCCAGAGGCAGAACUAGACACACAGCUGGACCAUAUUAGAAUAGAGGAUAGGAGUACAGUGUAGAAGAGACCGGUGUAGUCUGUUGAAGUCAAGCUGCUGAACUCAUCUGAGACACAGCUGAGACUCUUGACAAACUUCGGCAGGAACACAGUGAUUUGAAGGGUGAUAUUGUGGCAAAGGAGAUAACAAUUUUAGACUUCACUGUAUUAUCAUCACAGGACUUGGGACACAGGGGCUGUGUUACACGAAGCAGUGAAAGGAAGGAAGGGAGAGGCAGCUCUCUCUGCUUGUGGAAGUAGCGCCUGACCAUAAAUUAUAGCUUUCGCUGUGAGAGAGCACGGAUCCUCUGCAGCACCAUGAGUCUCUUUGCUCCAGCCGGGACUCCAGCCGGGACUCUGCUAUUGCUGCUCUCUCUCUCUGCUCUCCUCCAUGGCUGUUCCUCCUCUUCCACCACGGAGGAGUGCACUGGCAUGGGCGUCCGGCUGCGCUCCUUCAAGCUGGUGUCCAACUGCAACUUCACCACCCUGAAAGACAAACAGAUCCAGGAGGUGCAGGCUCCCACCACCGUGCUCUACGUGCCCAUGCUCUACCUGGUAGCCUUCACUGUGGGCCUCCCGGCUAACCUCCUGGCCCUGUGGGUCCUUCUGUUCCGUACCAAGAAGAUGCCAUCCACCAUCCUCCUCAUCAACCUCACCGCCACCGACCUCAUGAUACUGAUGGUGCUCCCCUUCCGCAUAGUCUAUCACUUCCAGGGAAACGACUGGGUCUUCGGCGAGCCCUUCUGCCGCGUGGUCACGGCGCUCUUCUACGGCAACAUGUAUGGCUCGGUGCUGUGCCUGGCGUUCAUUGCCGUCGACCGCUAUGUGGCAUUGGUGCACCCGUUCGGUGCCAAAACCCUCCGCAGCUUCCGCACCUCCCUUUACAUGAGCCUGGGCGUGUGGGUGGUGGCGCUGGCCGCCAUGGUGCCUCUCCUCGUCUCCCGCCAGUCCUACAAGCUGGACGAGCCGAGCAUAACCACGUGCCACGACGCGUUGCCUGAGGAGGAGCAUGAGAACUACUUCCUGCCCUACUUUCUCACACUCUUCUUUCUCUGCUUCCUGCUCCCCCUGCUGGUCGUCCUCUACUGCUACGGCUCCGUGAUACGCACCCUAUUGGCGGGAGGCCAGCGCUACGCCCACGCUGUGCGCGUCACUGUGCUAGUGCUGGUAGUGUUCGUUGGCUGCCUGCUACCCAGCAACGUCCUCCUUCUCCUGCACUACUCCGACUCCUACCUGGUGGAUGAUGGGGAGGACCUGUACGUGCCCUACAUGGUUAGCCUAGCUGUUAGCACGUUGAACAGCUGCAUCGACCCCUUCAUCUUCUACUAUGUCUCUGACGACUUCAGGGAAAAGGUCAGGACGGUGCUGUGUUGCCGCGGCGACAACGGGAGAGACUCGACCACGGGGAACCAGGUGUCCUAUUCGUCCACCUCAAAGGGGACGCAAAGGUCAAAGGUGACACUGCUGUCCAAUUCUACUCGGAGCCCGGUGACGUCAGAGGGGGAGGUAGCAUGCAGAUAGGUAUUAGAGAACUAGACGUGUAGGCACUAGGAUCAGACGAAGACUCAAUCUUGUGUUGUUCCUCUGGUUUAUGUGAGACUCUCAUUUAUACAGCCAAUGACUUUUAUCGUAUAUUGUGAAAAACAAAAAAUGGAUGGCAAAUUCUGUGCAAUUUCCAUAAACAUGCAGUCAAUGGAGGGAGGUGUUUAGGAAUCAUCAUCAUACAGGGAUACAAUAGUCUCUUUAGACAUCCACUUUGCCUCCCACAAAUUUCAAAUGCUCUUCAUUUGUUGCCUAUGGUCUGGUUUUCGAGAUGAGGGUUUGUAUCGUUAGAGUUCUACAGGAUUACACAGUCAAUCUAUAUUAAUGGACUGUCUUUUAAAAAUCUGACAAAAUGGGAAAAUGCAGUUGCAGGGUGUGUUGUCCCUAUUCUUCGGUCUAGGUCAGUGGUUCCCAAACUUUUUAUAGUCCCAUACCCCUUCAAACAUUCAACCUCCAGCUGCAUACCCCCUCUAGUACCAGGGUCGGCGCACUCUCAAAUGUUAAUAACAUAUAAUAAUCAUAAUAAUAUAAUAACAAUCAAUCAUUUUGUUCUUUAUUUAACCAUCUUACAUAUGAAAUCUUAUUUGUACAUCGAAAACUCUGAAUAACUCACCACAGGUUAAUGAGAAGGGUGUGCUUAAAAUGAUGCACAUAACUCUGCAAUGUUGGGUUGUAUUGGAGAAAUUGUUCAAUCAUUUCCCACACACAGUCUGUACCUGUAUUUAGUUUUCAUGCUAUUGAGGGCCGAGAAUCCACUCUCAAACAGGUACAUGGUUGCAAAGGGCAUCAGUGUCUUAACAGCAUGAUUUUCCAAGGCAGGAUACUCAGAGCGCAUCCCAAUCCAGACAUCUGGCAGUGGCUUCUGAUUAAAUAAAAUUUUCACAGAA